AUGUCUAAUUAUAUAAUUGACAUCCAAGACAAUGUUCUACAUCGUGUAAAUAUAGUUCUCAAUAAUCAUGUUUGUCUACGAGCAGACCUCAACUUUAUUCCCAACUCAUUACUAGUUCGUAAUUGUCUAGAGGCGCUUAGUUAUGCUCUACCCACAAAAAUAUUUUUUAUUUUCAAAGCUCGUUAUCUUACUUAUCAAUUCAGAAGAUUUGAUACUAAUUCAUCUUCACUAAAAGAAAAUAAUACUGAAUGGGAAAAUUUUAUAAAAGAAUUGGAUGGUUGGGAUUUUCUAUUGUCAACCACAGAUCAUAAAAAAUUCAAUUUCAACACCCAUUUCAAAUGUUUAAAACCACCACCAACCUCACCCUCUACUCCUCAAUUAAAAUCAACACAAGAAAAAGAUAUCGAAAUAGAUGAUUUAUUAUAUAAACUAUUUCAAAAAUCUAGAAAACUUCAUUUUUCCAACUCACAUCAACAGCAAAAAAUAGAACAACUAGAACAAUCAUUUCCAGAUUUUCUUCCCUACAUCCUGCUCUCACUACAUUUGAUUUAUCAAGAUAUGAGAUUAGAUGUUUUGUCGCAAAAAUUAAUCAAUGAUCUUGUACCUUUGUUAAUUCAAUUGGCAUUAUUUCUUGAAGUGAUUAAAGAAACAAAAAUACAACCAACUCAUCUAUUCUAUACACCGCCUGACAUAAUCAAAUGGUUAAUGAAUUUAUUCCGUUCUAAAAAAUUUAAAUACUUUCCAAGCCCAAUUGAUAUUACAAAACUAUUAUCAUCAGCACUACUAGAUCUACAACAAAAUAAUGAUUGUGAUUAUGAUGAUGACGUUAAUAAUAUGGUACAUGAGGUAGACUGUUGUUUAAGAACUAGACAAAUUAUAAAGAUCUAUAAUAAGUUGAUUAAUGGUAGUAAUAAUGGUGGUGUGGAAUCAAUGAUAUUGAAAAUGGUUGAUAUUGGAUUUAAACACAAAGAUAUUGAAGCAUUGCCAUUUGGAGUUUCUGUUCCUUUACAUGAGGCUAUUAGAAAAUGUCGAGAACUGCCACCGAGCAAUUGGCCGGCUGAUGCCUACAUUCUAAUUGGUAGAGAAGAUUUAGCGGAAUUAGAACUUGGUAAACCGAUAGGUUACAUACAUUCAAGAGGCGUAAGAAGGGAACCAAAACCAAGGUACCAGGCAGAAAUAAUCGAUACAGUUCUUCAUCCAAGGCCAGGUGUUUCAUUGGACGAAGUUGACAGCACGGAAAUCUCAAAUCAUGAAAUCACUGAUUUAAGAUUUGGUAAAGAUAAGAGAUUGGAUGAAGUUCGUCGUCUUUUACAAAAUACUACUAUCGUCAAGGUUGAUUUGCCUGCUUCUGAACUAAGUUCCCCUAAUGAAGAACAAUCACCACAAAUUGUUGAGCGUGUGCAAGCACACUCAAUAAAAAAUUUUGCAUUACCACUAGGUCGUGGAAUAAUGACAUACGACACAGCAACUCCAAUAUCAACUGAAAUUUUUCCAAUACCAAGCCUAAAUACAACCAUGAAAGUAUUACCAUACAACACUGUUGUACAAAUAGAUCGUGCAUUUCGUGUACAAGACUGUUUAGAAUGGCCAGAAUUUCAUGAGGGUGUAGCAUCUGCUUUAAGAAUAUCACCCACCUCCAAAGAUGUAACUGGCUCAUGGAUUGAGCUCAACAAACCAAAGGAACUUAACAACAGCCAUGCAGGAUUCCUUAUGGGGUUGGGAAUUAAUGGUCACUUGAAAUCAAUGGGAAUCUGGCAAGCUGUAGACUAUUUGAUGAAAUCACCAAAACAUGAUAUGACAAAUAUUGCAUUAGUCAUCGGAUUACCAGCAUCAUACUGCGGAACAAUGAAUUCUGAUAUCACAAGAAUGUUGGCUGUCCAUAUUACUUCAAUGUUACCACCAAAAUCUAAUUAUCUAAAUGUUUCACCAUUGAUUCAAACUGCUUCAUUAAUCGGGAUUGGGUUGUUGUAUAUGGGCACAUGUAAUCGAUACAAUACACAAAUCAUGUUAUCUGAAAUUGGUGUCAAGGCUUUAAAACGGUCAAAUAGUUCUGAAACAGAUUAUACAGAAGGCUAUUCACUAGCUGCAGGAUUUGCAUUAGGAUUUAUUGCUUUGGGUCAAGGUGAUGAUGCACAUGGAAUAGCUGAUCUUAAUCUUUCUAGAGAAUUAAGACUUUAUAUUACUGGUGGUGCUAGUAGUGGUGCUAAUGGUAAAGGAGGUAGUGGCGAGAAUAAUGGUGAUAAUUAUAUUGGUGGAGGUGCUCUAGCUACUGGUUUAGGUGGUAAACUAACUGCGACUUCAUCUUCUUCAUCAACUUCAUCAACAGAAGGUAGCAAUUUAGGAAGCACCAACAAUGUUAACAACAUUAAUGUGACAUCACCAAGUGCAACAAUAGCACUGGGUUUAUUAUACUUGAAAACAAAUAAAUUAAACAUAGCCAAUAAAAUUCCUAUUCCCGAAACAGAAUUCUACUUGGACUAUAUACGGCCUGAUUUUUUAUUGGUUAGAAUAUUAGCUAGAAAUUUAAUAAUGUGGGAUAAUAUUAGAUCUUCACAAAAUUGGGUCGAAAAUCAUGUUCCUAAAUAUAUGAAAGUUAGAUUAAAUAAUCGUAGUCAUUAUCAAAAUGAUGAUUUUGAUUUAAAUUUGGAACCGAUUAAAAGAGCUUAUUAUAAUAUAUUGGCUGGUGCUUGUUUUAGUAUGGCAUUGAAAUUUGCCGGUUCAACAGACCAGAAUGCAUUAAAAUGUCUUAUUCAUUAUCUUGACUAUUUCAUAGGUCUUAGCAAUUCAAGAGCAAUGACAUUUGAUCAAAAGAUUACAAAAUCCACUAUUAAAUCAUGUUUAAAUGUAUUGGCAACUUCAACAUCAAUAGUAGUAGCGGGUACUGGUAAUCUGGAUGUGCUAAGGAGAUUAAGAAAAUUGCAUCGACAAGAAGUAAAUCUUCCAGGAGCACAUAAUCUAAAUUCAUAUGGUACCUACACAGUAACAAGCAUGGCAUUGGGUUUUUUGUUUUUGGGCGGUGGACAUUAUACACUCUCAACAUCAAACAAAGCAAUUGCUGCAUUGGUUUGUUCUUUGUUUCCCAGGUAUCCAAUAGAACCAUAUGAUAACCGAGCCCAUUUGCAAGCUUUUAGACAUUUAUGGGUUUUGGCAGUUGAGCCUCGAUGUUUGGUUUUGAGAGACUUGGAAACAAGAGAGGCAUGCCAGGCACCAAUUAAAAUAAUAUUUGAAGAUUAUUAUAAUAGUAAAGAAGUGAAGUUAACAAAAGAAAAAAGCAGAGGAGCAGGAGAAAACAAUAUUAUUGUUAGCAAGGAGAAAGAGGUUAUUAGUAACAUUGUUGCAGACAUCAAGAUAAAAGAAUUUGUUGCACCAUGCUUAUUACCUGAAUCUAAAUUUAUCAAAACAAUUGAAAUCAAUAGUCCAAGAUAUUGGCCUAUUAAUUUAAACUUUGAGAGUGAAUUAUCAUCAUUCUGCACAGCAAUUUUGACAGAAUGUCUAUAUUUGGAUAAUCCAGAAGCAAUUCAGAUGUAUCUUGCACUAUAUCAGAUUCAACAAAAUUUGGAACACUUGAAUGAAAGUAACUUAUGUAAUGCAAUUUUAAUUCUAGAGUAUUAUAAAAAUGCAAAAAAUAUUUCCUCAUCCAAAAAAAUCAAUACAAUUGACGGUGAUAUUAUUGCUAGUAAUAGAAUUGAUAGUAAUGGUGGUAAAGAUGAUUAUAAUGAGGAAGUGGGUGACGAUAAAAGGCUUAUUAAUAAAGAAUUUGAAGCAUCAUUAAAAUUAAAAUUAAAGCAAUUCUUUGAAAUUCCUUUCACAUUUUUUCUUUCGCCAUUACAACUAAUAAAAUGUUAUUUAAGCAAUUCGGAAUUUCCCAGUAAUGAGGAACUUGGUGGUAAUGAAAAUAAAAAACAAUUACUACGUCAAUUAUCAUUAUGGCUCAAUUAUAAUGAAAUACCUGAUCAUUAUACCAUAUCCACAUCACUUAUUUCAUUCUUUUCAUUCAAUUGCUGA